GCAGUGAAAAUCGGCGGGCAGGCGGCGGAGCUGAGCUGUAAACAGACCUGCUGUUCAAUGGCGGCCCAGACAGGCGCUCGGUCCGGCUGUAGCGACGACACGUACCUGGUGUCUCAGAGCAGCGCGGCCGCGGCGGCGGCGGGGAACCCGGACCCGGACCCGGACCCGGACCCGGACCCAGACGCUCCGGCCGUGUUCCUGUGCGGGCAGUGCCGGCGGCCGGUGGGAGACUCUCUGUCCUGGGCGGGCAGCGACGAGGAGCUCAGCCAGAUCAUGCUUAAGAGGGUCAAUGAAAACGUCGUGGUCGGAAAAGAGCCUUACGUUUCUUGCACUCAGAAUGAACCAGGAUGCCUUGUUGUGAAUCUCACCUGUCACGGUUGUGGCUCCACACUCGGACUCAUGUACACAUCGACCCCAAAGGAGUUCGAUUUUAAGAGGUCCCUUUUCUGCUUCUGUGUUGAAAAUAUUGAGAGUUAUGUGUUGGGCUCUGCUGACCACCAGAUGGCAGCAGUGAGCAGCGAAGAAAGGCCGGUGACUUUAGAGUUCCAGGACCUCAUUGAGCAGCAAAUGACAAAGAUCAAAUCUCUAGCCGUGACGAUAGGACAGCGGCUCUUGGAGAUCGAGGUUGACCUCCAGAGCAAGUCAGAAACGAAUGGGAGCUGCUUGUGAGGUCUUUGUCCUCUUCUUCCUGAGAGUUCUUUCUAGUUUGUUAUACCUGCGACCGUUUGGCUUGUGCCUUAUUUUUGUAGAAUAGGCGACUGUCGCAUGUUUGACUGAGCGUUUUGGUUUCGGAGACCAGCGCGUGCGACAGGCACACCUGCAGAGUGAUGUUCAGUCUGUCAGGUUUUCCAGCGGACUUUAUUCGAGCAUUUUUCUCCAGAAAAAUUCUAGAAAGGCCGGUGGCGCCGGCCUCAGACCAGUCACUGACCGGUCUUUGAAUGUGGUGUUUAUUGUUGGUUCCCUUCUUUCAUUUGAAUGUACAGGUUGACUGUUUAUAAUGUAUAUAAUCCCAUGUGUUAAGUAAAAAUAGGCCGUUGCAAUGUU